AUGGGGAUGGGGAAGGAGAGAGCUGAAAUUCCAAUACUUGCCAAGAAUGUGGUGCUACUUUUAAGAAACCUGCAUAUCUCAAGCAAUACGUGCAAAGUCAUUCCCUUGAAUUGUCUUAAGGAAACCAGCGGCAGCUUGUAUAGCUUGAUAUUGCUAUCGAUUAGAUUCAACAUUUUUAACUACCAUCCUUUGGAUAUCGUGAAGCAUUGGAUCCCACACAAAGAACUCCAAAAUUCGCGACGGUUUGACUUGAAUGGACCAGUACUAGGUGGGAGACCUCCUGAGAAGCUCUGUCAAGAAAGCCUCAAUCACGAACUGUUCAGUUAG